AUGGACAUAAUUUGUUACCUGCUGGUCAUAGCUUUGCUCAACAUCCAGACGUAUGAAACUUCCUCACAAUGUUUACGUGGGUGCAGUUGUGUGGAGGACCGUCAUGGGAGGUCACUCAUUUGUAUGGAGGAGAGCGCGUUUGGGGCCAUACCAGAGAACCUUCCAGAUGAUAUGACCAAAAUACGCAUAGAGAAAUCUCACUUCACUGAAAUACCCAGAGGCGCAUUCUCAAAAACGCCUGCUUUGGAAAACUUGUGGUUGAACUUCAAUGAUAUCACAGUGAUAAACUCAAAGGGUCUGGAAGGUUUGGGGAACUUAACCGAGCUCCGUCUGCAAGGGAACAAGCUCCGUUCAGUACCAUGGACAGCGUUCGAGGACACGCCGGCCCUAAAGAUCCUGGACCUGAAGCACAACCAGUUGGACGUCCUGCCGGAGCAUGCGUUAAAAUUUUUGCCAGGUCUGACUUACUUAGACUUAUCCUUCAAUCGGCUUACGGUCAUAUCGAAGGAGGUGUUCCAAAACUGGCCUCUGUACCAAAAACUACAGAGCACGGAGGAGCGGGAGGCGACCGCUUUCGGGCCGAACGUCGUGCUGGCGCUCCACGACAACGCGUGGCUCUGCGACUGCCGCCUGAAGGGCUUCGUGGAGUUCAUCAGGUCACUGAGUCCCCCGAUUAUACUGAUGAACUCCUACUUGACCUGCUCAGGGCCGGACUUUAAGGCGGGCAAGUUCUUCCAUGAGAUAGAGCUGCAGGCGUGCAUGAAGCCCAUCGUCACCACCCCGUCCUCCAAAGUCAGCCUGCCUCAGGGCGCAAACGUCACCCUGCGCUGCUUCGCCAAGGCCAGGCCAGACCCUGCGGUGUGGUGGACAUAUGGCCUGAAGAUAAUCAGAGGAUUUCAUGAGUCUCAGGAGAGAGUGGAUGAAGACACCUUCAGAUCCGUCCUGCUGAUCCCAUCCCUCCAUGCAGCCGACCGUGGUACCUACACCUGCACUGCUGUCAACUUCAUUGGAAACUCCUCAGCCAGCGUCCUCCUGGACGUGCACUCUCCUGACGGCUCCCAGUCAUCGCUCCUCCCUGGCAAUCUGGCUCCACCUGCUUUUCACGAUGAAAACAUCUACAUUGACAUCCGCAUCGUCAAACAGACAAUACGUGGUAUUACCAUUGAGUGGCGUGCCGCCUUGGACCACCCAUCCGAAACCUGGUUCACCAUCCACUUUGGCCUCGCGGGUGCUGAUAAUAAAGAAAAGAUCAACAUCGGCCCAGGGAUUCACUCUUACUCUGUCACUGAUCUGAUGCCUGCAACCAAAUAUGAAAUCUGUGUGACCCUUAAGAGCCAGGCGCCGCGUCCCGGCCAGUGCAUUGUGUUUGUAACAGGAAGUGACGUCACUGAGAUGGAACAGAGGGAGAAGCUGAUUCAUAUAGUGGUGAUAGUUUUAGCCAUGGUGCUGGCUGUGCCUAUAGGUAUGUACGCCUGCACCACUGACACUAAGUUCGCCUGCCUGGAGGGUAUCAUGGCGUCCUGGAAGAACCGACGGAGAGACAGCAGCCCCACUGGGAUGGAGCGGGAGAGGCAGGGCACCUUUGACAGCCUGCAGGCCCCCAGUGACGAGGGCCUGGUUAUGAAAGAUUCCAGUGAAGACAGGAAGGCCGAGGAGUUUGUUGCAAAGAUGUGAAUGAUGACUAUCAAGAGUG